AUGUCAAACGAUACCCCUUCGCCUAGAGCCGAUGACCUGAUGGGAAGGGAAAAGACGCCCGACCUGAAAAGUGAGAAGGAGUCUGGUAGGAAAGCAUCAGAGCUCAACGAUGACCGGGAAGAUGACCGUCGUGACCGUGACCGCCACAGAGAAGAUCGUCACCGCAGGCGACACGUCUACGAGGAAGACAUGGACGAAGAACGUGAUGCCCGCAGGAAGCGUUCGGACCGACCCGAAAAGGACGACGAGACGCCUGAACAGAAGGAAGAGAGGCGUCGACGUCGUCGAGAGGAGGAAACCGACGAAGAUCGCGAGGAGAGACACAGGAAGCGAAGGGAGAAGGAAAAGGAACGCGACCUCGCCCGUGAUCGCGAUGGCGACGAGGACGGGGAAAGGAAGAAGCACCGUUCCAGGCGAGAUCGAUCCGCUUCGAGGGAGUCUCACAGAUCGCACCGCUCUCACAGGUCACACAGGUCUUCUCUUCGUGACAUUGACGCCGACCGCGACAGGAGGGUCCGUGAUCGGGAGGGACCGGGUUCUAGGGAUUCGAGAAGGUACGAUGAUCGCGAGCGGGAUCGGUACCCAAGGGAUCGGUACGAUGACAGGAGAGAUAACGGCUAUCGGCGAAGCCCCAUGCGACGUUCCCCUCCUCCCCGUCGACGAUCUCCCAUGUAUGACGUACCUCCUCCGCGUCGACCUGAACCACCUAGGGACGAAGUCUCUGCGCUUAUCGAGGAGGCUGCUUCGGAAGCUCGAUCCGUUUUCGUGUCGCAACUGGCUGCCAAACUGACCAGCAGGGACGUUGGCAUGUUUUUCGAAGACAAGCUCGGGCGAGGAUCUGUGCGCGACGCUAGGGUCGUCACUGACCGAAUCACAAGGAGGUCCAAGGGUAUCGCCUACGUGGAGUUGUCCUCGGUCGAGCUCGUUGCCCAGGCUAUUGCUCUCACUGGCACGAUCGUCAUGGGCUUGCCCAUCAUGGUCACUUUGACCGAAUCUGAGAGGAACAACCAAGGAAUUGCUAGCAUGUCUAUGGUGCCGGGAGCGCCUAUGUCCGGUCCCGGUUCGCUUCCUCCUCUUCGACCCAAUAUCCCUGGUCUUCCUGCUGCCCCUGUGAACAAGGAUACCAACGCCGAUGCUGAAGUUCCAUAUUACCGUCUCUACGUCGGUAACUUGUACUAUAACCUGAGUGCGGAUGACAUCAGACAGGUCUUUGAGCCCUUUGGCGAACUGGCUUUCGUCGAUCUCCCCAUGGAGCCACAGACCAACCGGAGCCGAGGAUAUGCGUUUGUCCAGUACAAAGAGCUUGAGCCUGCUAAAAUUGCUUUGGCUUCGAUGAACGGAUUCGAGUUGGCAGGUCGUCAGAUUAAAGUCUCUACUGUUCACGAAAAGGGUACUUCAGGUCAGGCCCGUGCCCCUGUUGAGCAACAGCUUGAGGAGAAUGGCAACUAUGGCACAAGGAUGGAUGCCUCUGCUCGUCAGCAACUCAUGUACAAGCUGGCCCGGCAACCGGACCCAAGUGUCCCUGGCAAUAUGACUUCUCCUGACACCUCCGCUAACCGUUUGAACAUCCCUGCUCAGCAGACGCAAUUCGUCCAGUUGUCCAAUAUGUUUACUGAAGAAGACACCAAAGCUGGUCCCGAAUGGGACCUGGAUCUUGCGGAAGACAUCAAGGGCGAGAUCGAAUCCAAAUAUGGCCCGGUCGACAAGCUUGUCAUCGACAAGAAUUCGAAGGGGGACGUCUACCUCAAAUUUACCGAAGUGGACUCUGCGGCCAAGGGCGUUCAAGGCCUCAACGGAAGGCUGUUCGGCGGACAGAAGGUCGUUGCCAAAUUCAUUCCUGAACCCGUCUUCAAGGCGCACAUCUAG